CUUGUCAGUGGCGCUGCGCGGAGAAAAGGCCGAGGCAGCAGCGGACUGUCGCCCCUCGCUCGUCUCCUGCUCGACUCCCAGCAGCUUCCUCCCCCAAUGGCAACGACGGCGGCCGAGCAGCGGGAACCGGCGGACGCCGCCGCGCUGUCCACGCUCCCCGACUGCCGCGGCCACCGCAGCAACGGCAACAACAACAACAACAAUAACAACAACAACAAAGACAGCGAGGCGGCAGAGAGCCCGAGCUCCGCCGGCGAGACCGAACCCGGGACCGCGUCGCAGAGCAUCGGCAACGGCUCGGUCAUCAACCCCACCGGGGGGAGCAACGGCAAGUGGGUCCGGCUGAACGUCGGCGGCACCGUGUUCCUCACGACCCGGCAGACCCUCCUCAAGGAGCAAACUUCGUUCCUGUACCGGCUGUGCCAGCAGCAGGACCUGCACUCAGACACGGAUGAGUCGGGGGCCUAUGUGAUUGACAGAGACCCCACCUACUUCGGUCCCAUCCUAAACUACUUGCGGCACGGCAAACUGGUCUACAACAAGGAGCUGGCUGAAGAAGGUGUCCUGGAGGAGGCCGAGUUUUACAACAUCACGCCCCUGAUCAAAUUGAUCAAGGAGAGGAUCGUGGAGAGAGACUCCAAAGCCACGCAGCAGGUGCCCCCCAAGCACGUCUAUCGGGUGUUGCAGUGUCAGGAGGAGGAGCUGACCCAGAUGGUCUCCACGAUGUCGGACGGCUGGAAGUUUGAGCAGGUCAGCGUGCGCACCUGCAGAAAGCCCCGCACCGGACUGCUCUGGACUAUGGUGAACAUCGGCUCGUCGUACAGCUACGGAACAGAAGACCAAGCAGAGUUCCUGUGUGUCGUGUCCAAGGAGCUUCACACGCCUGGGUCUGGACUGGGUACAGAGCAGAGCCACAAAACGAAGCCGGCGGAGCUGCAGGAGGAGGAAGCAGCGAAGGAUGAGGAUGAGGAAGAGGAGGAGGAGGGAGGGAGAGAAACCACACCAAAUGAGUGGCUUAGAGAAUGAGGGAGUCAUGUUGCUUUGUUCCAAAGAGAGGUGGGAUUGGCUUUUCCAGAUCCAUGGGUCACGGAUGUAAAAUAUCUAGAGAAUUUUACUUAUUUUCCUCGGAGGCUCAUUACAACUUUCUGUACAUUAUGUCGUGUGUUGUGUGUCAAUGGGCCGUCAUCAAAAACAGAGUAGUAGCGUUUUUAUCAGUGCACUGACAAAAUUACAGAUUACCAAAAAUAUUUUCCAGUGAUUAUUGUUAAAAAUAAAUCCUGUGUGCAGAUGUUAUAUUGCUAAGUAGUGGAGCUUAGUAAAUUAUAACCAAAGAUCCAGAUGAAAGCAGACUGAACCAUGGUGCUUAACUAAGAUCACCUUGAUCCUGAUUAGGUUCACAGCGAGGAGCGGUUGCUGCGUCACCGUGAUCCAACCGACAUCGGAGGUUGCUAAUAGAUCAGAAUGCAUCCGUUUUGUUUUCAGACAUGGACUCCAGAGGAUGUCCGCAGAAUUGGGUGCGGACGUUCUCCAGAGUUUGCCUUUCACAAAUGAACAAUACAGCAGGAGAUUCUCUGCCCACAACAAAACAAAUCUCCGGAGCGUUAGGUGGGGUAACUUUUAAAUUCCGCUCCGGAGAUCACGUUUUAGUUUUUCGACACCAACGUUGGCCCUUAUCACCAAAAGGUCUCUUGACAUCUUGGUUGGUGUCUCAUCCUGAGAUAUUUGUUAUCUUUUUGCUAUAUUCAUUUUUGCAUCUGUCAUGUGUUCAAAAUUGUCAUCAACACAACCACUCGGUCGUGGUGAAUCCUGCGGUGGAUCUCCUGCUGUGUUCGCAGAUUGGCUCAUUCGGACAUUCUCAAAAGUUUUUACUCGGGGGCUGGCCAGAAAAAACUCUCGCUCUGACAUUUAUGUUCUCACACACAACCCCUCCGGAGAAUGACAGGAGGUUAUCCGGAGUUCAGGUCUGAAAACAGUUUGGAAUUAUGAUAUAGCCUGAUGUUAACACAGCUGGUAUGGAGGCAUUCAUCAGCGAUACAAAAUGAAACCAAUGUUCCAGCGCUUUCUUUCCUCCCAAUGAUGGACGCAGUUGUUCCCCAGAUUUUGUACUGAAGCCUCUUAUCCCUGCUGUCUUCUCGUUUGAUUGCACGAGGCAAGUUUGCUCAAGAAAAAAGAAUCACCAUGGCUGCUGAGAAGCAGUCGCAGUGAUCCCAACAGCCGCCGACUGCAAACAUUUUUGCCAAGACCGACUCUUUGUCGUUAAACAUGUAGGGAAUGAUGUUGGUAUCGUAGUUAUUUGUUUCCCUCAGUGUGAACGUUGGUUAACACUGGUUUGAUCUCAUUCUACACAGACUCCACCGCCUGUGUGUGGCUGGAUCAGAUCUUGACAGUGUGCACUGCAUACAAAAGCUUGUCUCUCUACCUCUUUGAGUCUUAAGCCCAUCUUCCUGCAGUAGACACAGGUUUGAAUAAGCUCCGGCUCCGAUUGGCACUGAUUGAAACAUGACACCCGGGUGAACGCGCUAAUUUGACUAGACAGCGAGGUGAGAGAGCGCCUCAGUUUUUGGUGCAUCAGUGACGUCGAACAUGAUUCACCAGAAAAAAACUGAAAGACACUCACCUACUGGUAGUGAAAGUCAGGCUUUUUUGGGGGGGGUUUCCCAAAGUUAAUUUUGGUGUAAAAGAAGUAUUACUGAGAGAUGGCCUCCGUAUGCAAGUCAGCACACCUUCAGUUUGCUUUUAGGUUUAGUUUUGUGCUGUGAGUGUGAGCAUUGGUUAACACUGAUUUGAUCUUGCUGUAAACACUGUUAGCUUAGUUUAUAUGGGUUUGAUUGGCAGAGAGAGUCCAACAGGGCCCGGAUUAGGAGCACACACACACCUCUCUACAUUUCACCCUGCACCAGCUCCCUGACACAUACCUGCAUCACCACGUGCACGGUGCACGCUCAACAGCAGUGUCGUCUCAGUAUGCCGCCCUGGCCGCGAUCCACAGCCAGCUUUCAGCCCCAGCUGACAGAGAGAUGUCGGCGUGCGUCAGGAAAGGCUCGAACAGAGAGAGGAGUAGAGGGUGCGUCAGGGGAGUCGAGUGUCCUCUGUCUGUGGUUGUUAGGAUAAGGAGCAGCACUUAAAUCCCACUAUCAGCUCAGUGCAGGUGUAUGGUUUAAAAUAGGUGGUCGGAUAACGCGUGACUUAACGAUCUCUGCUGGCAAACGGUAGGAACUGCACUACAUUGAGUCCCAUGCACACAACUCCUGACAGCUCUAAUGACUUUAAAUACACCAAGUGCAAGAUAAUUCAUUUGUAGAUGUCAUUCUGCAAAUUCUCCUCCCAUGAGGAUUUGACCGCAAUCUGGAGGUGUAGUUGUUGGAUGUCAGAAAGCCUUACUUUAAAAAACUGUUUUAUCAGUAGAUAUUGUGUAAAUACUAGGGUUGUCAAAAAAAACUCUACAUUUAUCUAAUUAUAGAAAAAUAAUACAUCAAAAAAAUUACUUAAAUCAAACUCACUCUAUGAUGUCGCUGUGAUGUCAUCUUCCUGUGUCUGGUCCGUCGGCGCUCUUGCUCUCGACUGGUGACAAACUAUCGAUUUCCUUUUUUCCCCCGCCAGUAGAAAAGAUCAUUAAAUUCCUCACAGUCCCAAAUGUCUGACGAGGACAGUGCAGACGAGGAAUCAACUGAUGGUCUCGUGUUGGAAAAAACAAAGCACAGAAAAGGCUCACGCAGUUCACGUAGUUGAGAUAUUUGCAAAGAAAGACCAAGUUAAACACAAAGCACAACAGCACAGAUAUAGUGGCAGCGUCACAUAACCUUACGUUUACAUUUUGUACAUUUAUUAUUCAAUGCACUGCUUGACUUGCUUCUCACAGCAAAUACUGACGUGUGCGAUUAUUUUAGAUUAAUUAAGCACAAAGCAUGUCAAUUAAUCAGAUUGUUUUUCUUGACAGCCCUAGUAAAUGCACUAUUUAACCAAAUCAUCGUAGAACAAAUGCUACCGUGGAAAUGGGGCAAUAUGUCCACGUACAGUUAUCUAGUUCGCCAAGCAGACGUUCCAAAAGUUAGCUAUACUUGCCAAAUCAGCUAAACUCGCCAACAGCUGUCUAGAUACGAUGGUCAACAGCUUUCAAAACAUCCUGUAAUGUAUGAUAAUGAAUGACUAGAAUAAGAAAGCACUGUCAACCUCAUUUACUGAUUUACAGUUUUUAGGGCAACACCAGGAUGCUUUUAUGCCAUAAAAUAGCAGCUGGUUCACAGAUUUUGGAUAGUGAGAAUGUUUCCUCUUUCCUUCCCGGUCCUCACCCUGAACCUCUCUUCUUGCUCUGUGGUGAGUGGAUACGUUCUCCUGUGAGAAGUGUGGAACUGACUGAUAGUCACAGCUUAAAUUGUCAGAAUCAGGCCCAGCGAGUUCAAGAGUAAUACUGAAGAUCGGUCAUUGAAAACCAGUGGUUAUCUCCAAUAUUCAGUGCAGUCGUGAUAAUGCCCAUAAAAAUAUUUUAGACUUUUAAGUUUGGUCCACGUCCCAUCCACUAAUAUGGAGGAGGCAGGAUCUUUUACCUAUACUGCAGCCAGCCAUCAGCUGACCAUCGAGACAUUUUGGCUUCACUUUGGGAGCUGUCAUGUCGUCCAUCUUUACACACAAACAAAUUCAUUACGUGGGGCUGCAGAGGGCGCUGUUGCUCAGUUAAAGUUACAUAGUGUUGCUUGAAUUUACUUUAGCGAACGUUAUUCCAACGUGGUUUGCUCCUUGGCCCCACUCCCUGAGGUUGGUCACCACCAGAGAGAUAUUUUCUACGACCACAUUGAGCGUUUGCCGUCGGCACCUCAUGUCGGCCCCCCCUUUGCUGUAUAGCUCCUGUGUAACACUGACUGACCCACAACAUGCAGGAAAUACACCUGAGGCAAUAAGCAGUUAGAGUGUGAGACAAUCGAAAAUUUAGAUCGUAGUUGGAAACUUUUUUUAGUAACAUUUUGAUAAUUGAAUCUGAAAAAACAUACGCAAAUACAAUAAUGUGUGUGUGUGUGUGUGAUAAGGUAAAGUGUCUUGUCCGUUUAUAGCAUAGAAACAGAUGUUUGGACCUUUAGGAUCCUUGCAAUACCUUAUUAGUUGGAUUAGGUGAAUACAGUAAAUGUAAGAAUAGUGAAGAUACAGUUACGCAUCAUGCUUACGAUAAUCACAACCAAGACAUUAGAAGGAGGGAGAAGACUGAAAGAGACAGAGUUUUGUUCAUUGUUCUGUUACUUCAGCUUUUUUCUAACUUGGAUCAUUCGGUGCCUUGAGGUCAAACAGAUAAACUGGGCGUGUCUAAAGACUGAUGUGUCACAUUCAACGUAGGCGUCACCACAUGCAUUUUUUUAAUCAGCUGUUUUAAUAUUUCAGUCAAAAAAUGGGUCUUUCGACCACCUCCCUAAGAGUCCAUUCCAGGUUUGUUCCUUGUUUGAAUUUGUAUAUUUCUUUCAGCACAUGACAAUUGUAUUUUUUUUCAGGAGUUCAAGAGAUAAAGGUGAUACACACACUGAACAUGCAGUGGGAUGUCUUAUGUUUUUUUCCCUAUCAGUAUUCAAGAGCUUCAUCUUUCAGUUUGAGAGCAGGACCUAUUGAUUUCACGUUCAGAUUUUGUAAUGCUGUAACUCAAAACCCUGCGCUUGCACUCAAAUGGCCCCUGCUUUGACAGAUUUCCUGAACUCCAGCUUUAGCUCUUUUCAUGCUCUCGCUGCUUCUGUGUGCGUGUGACACGUCUGCUCUCGGUUUCUCCUCUGCCCUUGGAUUUUUUUGCGCAACAAGUCAAAAUUCCCCUACCAAUAGAAUGCCAAGUGUAGUGCUGAAUAAUCGAUGUGGGUGUGUUAACUUUACUAUAACACUCCCGCAUUCCACUGCCUUAUAACCUCAGCUUCCUGUGGUUAGGGUUAAACCUUUGGGUGUGCGUGAAGCAAACUCAUCACCUUCAUGGGGCAGAAGUCCAGCAGAUCCCUGUUCCACAUGGUAAAUAAAUGCAGCCCUGUCUCUUUCCAUUUAUUCAGCUAUCAACUAUGUAGUUCAUUUUAAAAACGCAACGACAGGGGCUUGAUGCUGGAGUGUACCGCUCCUGCUGGACUCCUGCUCCAUGAAGGUGAAAAAAAUCGAAGAGCAGACAUUACAUGUGCACAGAAAAGCAGCAUGAGCGCUUGUAUAAUCUGUACAAUCGACAAAAUAUCUGAGUGCAAUCACACGAUUUGAAAGGAAGCACAUGCAUGUGCAGGGUUUUGAGUUAAAGCGUUAUAAAAUAUGAAAUCACUAAAUCCUGCUCCCAAACAGGAAACACCACGCUCUUGAAUAAGGACAGGUGACAAAAACCCAAUGUUUGAGGUAAUGCUGUUUGAAGCAGCUCGUGUAGAAGGUUUUAGCUGUUUUGUAUAAAACGUCAUGCCUUUUUUGUACAUUUGUGUUGUCUUAUUUAUUCUUGAGGUUUUUUUUUUUAAUGCUACAAAGUGAAAAGAACUUGGGCUUGAAUUUUUUUUAGUGGGGUUGGGGGUUGAUGUCAUCUGUGGGUGGGUUAUCUUUUUAUGUUUCACUGACCUGAUGAUCUUCAACAGUUACAAAAGAAAAGUCAAUCAGAUUUUUGCUGAAUAUGUUAGAUUUUAGUUCACAUAAAUGCUGUUGAACAGAUGCCAACCCAAAAAUAGAGUUGAGAGUUGUCCUUUCAAAAUACAAAUGUAUUAGCAUUAGGUCAGUUUUAUAAACCUCGUUUGGUUUACUGGAUUCACGCUGAAUUGAUCCACAUGUACACUAUUCUUUGGAGGGUUUCUGCUGUACUAUAGUGUGUUUGCACAUGGUAUUUGAAGUGUAAAAGUCUAAACAACAGUGCUCUUUUAUUACUCUUUCCAAAAAAAAAAACAUCUUUAUCUGAUGCUGGAGUUCUUUUUCUGCUGUUCACCUGAUGUCAUAUCUGAAUUCAAAAAACAAUGUGACAUGAAUUUAAGGCCUCGGAUAAAACUGCUUCAACAAACACUGUGUGAACAAAAUACGUCUUCAUCAAUGUGAUUAUUUAACUUCUUUUUUUCCCCUUUUUUUACUUAUUGUAAAUGAAUGUCGCUGUUCUACAAAAAUAAAACUUUGUUCUUUGGUUUGAAAUAA